AUUCUAUAUUCAAGGGAGUUGAAAUAGGCCCAGAAGUUUUAUUUACAACCCUGAAAACCACCAGUGACGUUUGUCUGCUCCUUUGCUCCGUCUCAGUUCUACAGACAACCUACAUACAAACACACACACACACAAAACUUAAAGAUUUGACAGCCAGUAGACUAUGGGCAAGACUUGACCACUGAGAUUCAACUAUGAAAAUUCUUGGUCGGGGACAUCUCACGCUGUCUCAAUCAAGAAUCUCGGGUCCACGAGUAGAUGCAUGCUUCCUUCUGCGCAGUAAUACAAUUUGUGGAUGUAGUUUAAUAGAAAGGAAAUUGCUCCUAUAUAAAACAACAAGGUCUGAUUAUCUGUAAUAUCAGGGUAAAGAUUUCUAGAAAGCUGUUGGUUUUCAAAGGGUUUUUUUCCCCACUUUGAGCACCACAAGCCAAGUGCCAUUUAGUUCCAUUAGGUUGGAGAGAAGGCAGACAUCUCUAUGGCAGAUAUCUUUUACACUCAUCAACUCAUACCGAAAAAAUCUAGACUGAUAAAUAGCACUACAGAUAUAUAAUAUAAAUAUGUAUUUUUGAUUCGGGGCUUAACUGUCCUUAAAGGCCACACAUUUGCUUGUUGUUCUUAUGAGAAAAUCAACAAGUCCUGGGGAUCCUUUACUCUAGCAGGAUAUAAAUCAGAUAUACAUCCAUGUUCCCCCCAGCUCCAUCAUCUUUGAUCAGUCGGCUAAUAAGUAAAACGUCAGCGUUCAUUUCCAGAUGUAGAUCAAGAUAUCAUCCCUGAAACCUUUAAGUUGACUCCUCCUUCCCUCCCUGACUUGGAUGCCUGUGAAUGGAGAUUGACUGAAAAGUUAAACUGUACAUCAUCAUUACUCCUGGGUCAGAGCUGGGCUAAGUAGCCAAUUGGCCGAGUCGUGACGCUAAACUGACAUCUAUUGGCCAAGUUGUGGCAGGGUAGGAUGUUAAAGUCAUUUAGACUCAUCAGGCUAAGUGGACACAGUUGACUGAGAGGUCUCGAACCUCCCCACGUCUGGUUGUGGGUAGCUUUCUGUGCCAGCAAUUCUCAAUUAGAGCAGUGGAUGAGAGGACAUCUGGGCUGCUGAGUCUAUGUCUGCCUGACUUAUGUAUGUUAAUGUAUGCCAACAGGCCUGAAUUCAUUUUACAAAUGAACCAUACAUGUUUGUCUUUCUAACAAUCAGUCAAUCAUGAUGGUCAAGUUUGAUCCAAUAUUGUGACAGCUUCAGAGUAGAAUGAAGACUAACACAUUUUGACUAUUGAAUAUUCUUCAUGUCUACCUAGGAUGAAUAUUUGGUUAAAGCUGAAAUCAGCAAUAUUUCUGUAUGAACAAUGGGUCAAAUCUGGGUGAAUACUUGAUUCAGAUUGGCUGCCGGGGGUCCGUUUGUUCCUGUUAAAGGAAACUAUCUCUUUACUGUUGUAAAUGAAUGCACUGGCUGCAUAGCAUCAGCCUGUAAACCUCCAAAAACACCAGUAAUGAAAGUCUGUUAGUGACAUUCAGCUAAAAGAGACAAUUGUGAAAGUGACAUGAUCACAAGGAUGUCACAUUUUCACAAGACAUCACGCCAUUGACCUUUUAAAUAGAGCAGUUUCAGAGGAAGAAGGAGCAAAUAGAAACAGUCGAUAGCUUAAAUGAUAGAAUAUAGGAAGGUGAAGUUACUUCCUCCUCCUCAUCCUCCUCCUUCUGCCCCUACCACUCCUCCUCCCAUCUCCAUCUCCUACCACACCAUGCAACUCUCCUCGCUCUAAAAACUCACCUCCAUCACUGUCCGGGUCGCACACGUUGCUCAAACCCUCUUUUGUCUGACUGACUGAGGUGAAUGAAGAUACUUUAAGGGAGCUCGUGUCAGCGGAGAUGUUGGCAGGUGCGUUAGUUCUGGGCACCAUCCUUACAGCUUUACCAGGUAUCCAGAGCAGGUGGAGCGUGUCAUUUUCCAGGAGGGAGAUCUGUGUGUGGGCAGGAACAACUGUCACUCUGCCCUGCCGUUAUGACUACCCAUCAGGUCACACUGUGAAGCGGGUCAUGUGGUUCCGUGUGUCUGCAGAAGGUCGCAGGGAGUUCGCUCACCACACUGACCCCAACGAGAUCAGCUUGUCAUACCGCGGACGUACCCGCUACAUCGGGGGCAGCUACUCCAGCUGUUCAGUUCAGAUUCGGGUUGUGAAGCUGAGUGAUGCUGGCCAGUACCACUUCCGGUUUGAGACAGACCAACCACUGGGGAGAUGGACCUCCCCGACCACCAUCACACUUGAUGUUACAGACCUCCAGGUCAAUGUGCAUCCAGCGAGACCCUCCAACAUGUUUGGCUUCGGAGAGACUGUGUUUGUCGGCUGCCAGGCCAGAGGAUGUGCUGCUCCAGGAAGAAGCCUUGCACUGUACAGGAGUGGACUAAAUCUGGGUUCUUUUGAGAAAUGGAUGAUUAUCAACCGUUUUGACCAGCAGCAUGUUGGAGCGUACACCUGUCGACCAAUCCCACCACAGAACGUACAGUCCCCAUCCCUCUCACUUGCUCUGGGGCACGAUCCCCGCUCCACCUCCAUAUCAGUGUUCCCAGUUGGGGAGGUAUCAGAAGGAGCGUCGGUCACUCUCACCUGCAGUAGUGAUGCAGCUCCACCUGUAGAGAGCUUUGCAUGGUUCAAAGACAAGGAGAGCGGCAGCAUCCCGGACAGUUUUAGGCCUCAGCUCCGCCUGUCCCACCUCAAAUACACAGACAGAGGAGAGUACUUCUGUGUCGCACGUAACUCACUGGGAACAGACCGCUCCAAACCGCUUCUACUCAAUGUCACCUACUCUCCAAAGAACACACGUGUGCUCGUGAGUCCUCCUGCUGACAUCAGAGAAGGCUCAUAUGUGAACCUGAGCUGUGUCAGUCACGCCUACCCUCCAGCCAGCAGGUAUGCCUGGUAUCGUAUCAUAGGGGACCAGGUGUUGGCUAAAGGAACCUUCCAGAACAUGACGUUCCCCUCAGUGCGUGCUCACCUUGCUGGUCAGUACUACUGUACAGCAUGGAACCGGUUAGGAUACCAAACCUCCCCUGUUGCUACACUCACUAUACUGUACCCUCCAAAGAACACCUCACUUCUGGCUCGUCCCUCCAGUGUGGUGGAUGCUGGCCGACCUUUGACCCUGACCUGCAGCAGUCAGGCCAACCCAGCAGUGGACAACUUCACAUGGCACCGCUUAGCUCUGGACGGGGGCUCUGUACAAUCUUGGGGCAGCAAGUCCGGCCCUGUCUUCACCUUCUCAGAGGUCGGCCCGAGAGAGAGCGGCCAGUAUUACUGUGAGGCGAGGAAUCGAAUUGGAGCCCACAGCUCUCCUGUCCUCACCGUACGAGUCAGAGGUCGUCUUAAGGUCAUUGCCCUGGCGUCAGCAGUAGGGGUGUCUGCUGGACUCAUCACUCUCACAGUGGCCAUUAUGAUCAGUAAGAACAUGCACAGAGUAGACAUGGAGUCAGGGGAAGUAGUAAACAAGCGUCCAUCAGUGACAGCUGACACUGUGUUCUAUGAGUCAGCUCAACAGACCUUUCCAGUGAGAAAGGGCAAGAUGUCCGACAUACCGGAGGAGCCAGAGGACUUGAGUGACAGCGCCCACCCCGCCAUCGUUCCUCUAAAGGAUGCUCCACCAAUUACAGAAGUUGAAACUCACAGCCCAGCCCGCAACUACAUCACUGUCCACUACUCCAAGUUAUCCAGUGUGGACCAGGUGCAGGUCCACAACCUGCCACUGGGGGGUGAUAAGAAGCCGAAAGAUUCCUCCAAGGUUGUUUACACUUUACUGCACCAACCUCGCCACUGACCCAGAGAAAAAAGCCACAUCAGCUGUUCAACACAUCAACCCUCCACAUGUGAACCAAUCACUUUACUCCCAUUCACAGUGUAGGACAGGAAACGACUCUAAGUGAACUCUGAAGAUGCCUUACGCUGUUCUGGUUCAGGCCUGUCGUUCUCCAUAGUUCACCAGACCACAAGGACUGCAUGUGGUCCUGGUGCUGACUGGGAGUCUGGCUGCUAAACUGUGUUGCAUGUUUUUUCUCUUUGUUUCUAUGCAUCUUACUGUGUGCUGCCUGAUGAAGCAAAAACCGCUUCAGAAACAAUUACAAAACAAAAAGUAACAUUCACCCCGUUGGCCACUUUGCUUGCAUCCAUAUCCACAGUACAGGCUUCAUCUGCUGUUGCUCUUUAGUUAAUAGCUGAAGUACAAGUAAAUGUAGAUUUGCAUCCUCUGUCCUCUGAAAUAUGAUAUUCAUUUGUAUUUAAAUAUAUUGGUCUCCAACAAAAAUUAUGCUCAAAGGCAUAUUAGUGGAAGAAACCUGUAGGAAAGGAUUUGUCAUCUAUAAACAACAUGUGAUAUUUGACCCAAAUGUUUCCACACUGUAUUCAAUGUUCUAAAUUGUGAUCAGGCUGAUUUUGAUGCUGAUGCUGCAACAUUUAUUCAGUUAAUAUAGCUUAAUAUUGCUUCCAUUAAAUCACCCUUUUCCAUUUGUAUGUCAGGUUAGCAAAGUCAGCAAAAAUCCUUAAUGACAUGUUGUAGUUUGUUACACUGGAGAAAAAGUAGUUUGAAUGUAUGCUGCUAUUUUUAUAGUUCACAAACUAUGAGAAAGAUUAGAAGGCCACAAUGUAUGAGUUUGGAUUAUUAUUUUUUGUUGUUGUUUUCCUUCGUCAAAAGCAUCAUGCUCGUUUAAAUCAACCAAAAAUUCACCAUGUUAACUUAAUAGCUUCUUUCAUUUCAGUAAAAGUGACUAAAAAUAGUCUGUUUUGGGAUGCUGAAGAUUUAAAAUUCCUGACAGUGAUUAAAGCUUGGUUAUUUAGCAAGCAUUGCUAACAACAAAAAAAUACUGAUAAUGAAACUGAUAAUAAAGAUAUGUUAUCUAAA